GCUGCUUCUUGUUGUCAUGUUUCUGAGUUGCGCAACGUGAUCUGCAGCCGCUGCACACACACACACACACGCACAUGCACGCACGCACGCACGCACGCACGCUCACAGAGAUCCUGCCUUUGCGGAAGCCCGAGCAGCAGCCGAGGCGGCGCUAAAUUAAAUUAGCAUACUAACUAGUUAGCUGUGCGCCGAUGUGGAUGGACGGGUGAGCGGAGCUUCCUGAAGAAACACACAUCUUCUAAAGUCGAGUCUCCGCCGAUUCCGGGCUCAUUUUGUUGGGAUCUUGCUGCCGUCCGCCUGCCGAGGAGAUGGGGGACAAGGCGGGCACCAGAGUUUUCAAGAAGUCGAGCCCCAACUGUAAGGUGACAGUUUACCUGGGAAAGAGAGACUUUGUGGAUCACCUGGACCACGUGGACCCAGUGGAUGGCGUGAUCCUCGUCGACCCCGAAUAUCUGAAGGACCGGAAAGUCUUCGUCACGCUGACCUGUGCGUUUCGAUACGGUCGUGAGGACCUGGACGUGUUGGGUCUGUCGUUCAGGAAGGAUCUCUACAUCUCCACCUUCCAGGCCUUCCCUCCGGUGCCUGAGGAGAGGAAACCCAACAGCCGGCUGCAGGAGAGGCUGCUGAAGAAACUCGGCCAGCAUGCACACCCCUUCUACUUCACUAUUCCUCAGAACCUCCCAUGUUCAGUCACUUUACAGCCCGGUCCAGAGGACACUGGGAAGGCCUGUGGCGUCGACUUCGAGAUCAGAGCUUUCUGUGCCAAGACAAUAGAAGAGAAGAUUCACAAGAGGAACUCGGUGCGUCUGGUGAUCAGGAAGGUUCAGUACGCUCCAGAGAAGCCUGGUCCUCAGCCAAUGGUGGAGACGACCCGCAGCUUCCUGAUGUCUGACAGAUCCCUCCACCUGGAGGCGUCUCUGGACAAGGAGCUGUAUUACCACGGAGAGCCCAUCAGCGUCAACGUUCACGUCACCAACAACUCCACCAAGACCGUCAAGAGAGUGAAGAUCUCCGUGCGUCAGUAUGCAGAUAUCUGCCUGUUCAGUACUGCCCAGUAUAAAUGUCCAGUGGCCCAGCUGGAGGCAGAUGACCAGGUGUCGUCCAGCUCCACCUUCUGUAAGGUGUACACUCUGACCCCGACGCUCGACAAGAACAGAGAGAAGAGAGGACUCGCUCUGGACGGGAAACUCAAACAUGAAGACACCAACCUGGCCUCCUCCACCAUUGUGAAGGACGUCACCAACAAGGAGGUUCUGGGGAUCCUGGUGUCCUACAGAGUCAAAGUGAAGCUGGUGGUCUCCCGUGGAGGGCUGCUGCGAGGCAUGUUGGAGAGAGACGUGUCGGUGGAGCUUCCCUUCAUCCUAAUGCAUCCUAAACCUGUGGAGCCGCCGGUGUCCCGCCCACAGUCAGCUGUGCCGGAGCUGGACCCCCCCAUCGACACCAAUUUGAUAGAGUUCGACACAAACAGCAUCUCCCAGGACGACGACUUCGUGUUCGAGGACUUCGCUCGCCUGCGGCUCAAAGGCGUCGUCGACGACAAAGACGAGGACUGCUAGGAGCUCGCCAACCCUUCAUACGCUCGCUUCGAAACCACCACACACAAACACACACACACACACGCACACUUACACACACACUCCUACACUUCACGUUACAUUCCCCGGUGGAGGGGAUGGAUGAGGGCAUGUUUGGACGGAGGUGGUGUUCUUCCUCUCUUGCUUCAGCCAUUCGUCACGCCGCCGCCGCCAUUUUUCGCCGCCGUCUUCUCCAUCUGUCUCCUCUGUUUCUCUUUUAGCUGAAGGUUGAAAAACUGUAACAUGUAAAGCAGCUGCAGGACAUGUUGGCGGUGAGGCUGCGCUGUUUGUUUCUGUGUCGUCAGGGCGAUCAGGCGUGGACGGGAACAUGUGAAGGAAUGAUGUAUGAAGAGUCGCAGCAGCUGCAGCGUUCGUCCUCUUUUAUUUUGAAACCUUUUUUUGAAUGUCGACCGUUUCCGCGGCGAAACAAACAGAAUAUAUAUUUGAAACAUAGAAAAAAAAAAAAUCUUGUACGAGCAGUUGAGGUCUGUGUUGAGUGGUGAUCGCCGUUUUUUCUUCAAGUAAAUACUGUAGAUGAUUUUUACAUCAUGGCUGCAAGAGGAGGAAACACACACACACACACACACACACACACACACACACACACACACACAGUCUUACACAGGCGACUGGAGUUCGAUUUCACCAGCAUCCACUGUCUCACGCUCUCGUCACGCUGAAGUUUGUCAUCGCGUUCGCUCAGUUGUUUCUGUUUAAGAAACGUUCCAGCGCUCAUCGAGUUGUUUCAGUUUCUUUAAAACUCUUUACGUCUUUGUUAAGUUUAACAACACAGCAGGUCCGGUGAGGAAAACAUCACCAGGAACGUUUUUCUAAUUCGGGAUUUCAGAUGAUUUAAACAAAAUAAACCCUGAGGUGGAAAGUCUGGUGUAAAUUUAACAAGUUCCUCAAAUAACUCGGCAGUGUGACGUUUACUGAACAUCAGUUAAAGAGGAGGAAAUAUUACAUUUGUUGACUUAGAUUGAAAAUAAGAAUAUAAGAACAGCUGUUUGAUAUUUAGAGAAGAAAGUUGUGAUGUUAUGAGAAUCAUUACUUUAGAAGUUGUAACAUCACAAAACUAAUGUUGUAAUUUUACAGGCAAAAACUUGAAAUAUUUCUAGAAUAAAGGCUGAUUUUUAGAAAACGUUCCCAGUGAAGCUCUUGAAGGAAAUGACUCACCAGAAUACAGUUUGAUUCUUAAAGCAGGUAUUUAUUUUUACUCUUGGCCCCGUCAGGUUUUAACUAGUUGUUGGGAGUGACGCUGCCCUCUAGUGGCGCCUGUGGACAACAGCUGAAGUUUGUUUUCAUCGCAUGAUUGAUGUUCAAAUCUAGUUUGAUCGAUUUUCAAUCAGCAGUUGAAUUCUGGACACCCUCAGUCCAACAGAACAGGUUCUUCUCCUUUGAGUCUGUUAGUCAGAAUAAAUCCAGAACCUCACCAGACUUCUUCUUCUUCUGCUGCUGUUGUUUUCCUGUCGCCUCUCCAGCUCGUGUAGCUGCAGGUUUGUUCUUCAGACAGGGAAGUUAAUCGAUCACAGAUGAGGAUGAAGCGCUUCAUUCUUCUGUCUUACUCACCUGACUAACACUAGUGUGUUGAGCUAAAGUUUUCCACCAGUUAAAGUCAAUAAAACUGAAACAGUUAAACUGUUUUUUCAAAGUCACGAUUUAAUGAUUUCACCUUCUGCUUCUUUCUGAACACCAAACUGUCUUUGUUGCUUUAGAAGGUUAAAAUAAAAACCUCGAUCGUGCUGGAAUCGUUUUUUAAACUCAGAUCAAACUUUAGACUCGAGUCGGACCUCGAGUGACGGAGAUAUUUCACCUUCAUCUGGUUUAAACUGCUCUGGUUUCUGUUCACUCGUCUGUUUCUGACAGUAAAACUGGAUUUCUCUUCUGUUCCUGCAGCACCUCAUCAGUUCUGAAGUGCUUUAAAUCUGAUUCUAAAUCUGUUUCUACUGUGAGUUUUUAUCCAAUCACAGAGAGCCGUCAGCUGAAAGCGCCUCUGACUCGACCCGGUUCAAACGAUCAAACUGUCAUCGUCCGCUCGUUAAACAGAAACACUGCUGCUGUUUGUCUUUUAUCAUCAUCUCUCUGUUUUAGAUCCUCACCGACCCAAAAACACUUGGAGCGAAUCCUGAACGUACAUUCAGUGUUUUAUUUUAAAGAGAUCGAGCUGCAGCUUGUAAUUUAAGAACCACAGUAAACUGCAUUGUGCCUUCAAGAUCUUACUGUUGCCAAUAAGACGUCUUUUAAUCAGUUUUAGUUUGGUUUUAGUUUUUAGUAGCUAAACGAAUUUACAGAUUCAGUUUGUAACUUUUUUUUUUUUGUUAAUCAGCUGAACUGAAGGAACCUCCUGUAAGUCGAUAAAAAGGGAAACGAAAUGCCAAUUAUUCAUGAAAAUUCAGUGUUUUUGUCAUUUUCAGACUGUAACUAAAGUCUUUAAAUAUCGAGAUCAUUUUGUGAUAAUUAUUAUAAAUUUUGCCAAUGAAAUUCAAGCCUUAGCUGUGAGUGUUUCUGCCCUUAAUUCUGUCUGUCGGUUUUGAAUUUAAGAAUAUUAUGGUUACAUAAUAAUAAAAGAGUCGACUCCGUGACAUCUGAGCAGUUCAGUGUAGUAAAAAAAUGCCAUGAAACGAGUUUGACCGACUCGGGAACGACGAAGAAGUCGACCUUUCUUUUGUUUUCAGCCAAAUGAACUCUCAUCAAAUUCUGGCUUUGGUCCCAUAAAAUGAAAACUUCAUCGUCAGAAUAAAACGCCAAAAAAGAUAAUUUUGUGAAGAUUAUCGAUACUUUUACACGUGAAAUUCUGCCUGAAUUCUGCCUGUCAGGCUGAUGUCAUGAAGUCGAACUGUGACUACUUGAUGUAACUAAGCUGGAUCCGGUGAAGAAGGCCAUGAAAUGUGUCGAAAGCCUCAGGAACUGUGAACAAGUCGGACGUUUUUUUAUUUUCUUUUCCUCAACUUAAUCGCCGUAAGACUUCUCGUAGAGCUACACUGCAACUUCUUCUCUUUAAAAACAAACAUCAGUUUUAUCUCAUUAGACUCGGUGUUGUGAAUUAUCGCUGUCAUGAAUUGCCUUUUUUCCUUUGACUUUAACCUUGUAGAUUACGUUUCAUCCUCUGAAGGACUGAAUUUCUUGUAAAAUGAGAACGAACUGUGUCCUGUGAAACGUUUUACUGACUUCAGUCAACACAUUUCUGAUAUUUCAGCUGAUUUCUCUCUUGUAUCUUACUUCCUGCACGGGUCCAAACAUCAGUCUUAUCGUCAGUCUUUAAGGUCGAUGCCAUGUGACAAUAAAUGACCAAAUUAAACACAUUUGAAGUGCCAUGAAAACCUGCGAUGAGAGAUGUGAGUGAACAAACAGCAGCAGUGUUUCUCUUCAGGUCCACCACAUGAACCUCCUGCCUCGUCUUCUACCGGAUCAUCGUCGUCAUCGUCGUUUAGUUUCAUCGUCUUCGUUCAAACUCAGAUGUGAUGUGAAGGACUUCGGGUUAAUUCUCCUCGACUGGAUCUUUUUUCUCUGUAUGUUCAUUCUUAAAAAA